AUGAAGUUUGGCCGCAAUCUGCCCCAAUUCACGGUGCCAGAAUGGAGCGCCUCGUACAUCAAGUACAAAGCGCUGAAGAAACUGAUCAAGUCCGCGGCCGAGCAGAUCAAGACCGGCCAAGAACCCGAUCUAGCUGGAUUCUUCUACUCUCUGGAUCGCAAUGUCGAGGAUGUUGAUUACUUCUACAAUAAAAAAUACGCCGAGUAUGCCCGACGGUUAAAGCUACUGGAGGAUCGCUAUGGCUACUCAAUGGAAGGACGUCAUCGCUUGGAGCCCGAAGACCGUCAUGAUCUCCGAGAGGCCCUGCUUGAUCUGCGGUACCACUUGCGGCGCUUACAGUGGUAUGGAGAGGUCAAUCGCCGGGGCUUUGUGAAGAUCACCAAGAAAUUGGACAAGAAGGUCGGCGCCCAGGCUCAGAAGCGGUAUCUAGAGACCAAGGUGGACCCCACACCCUUUGCAACCAAUUCCCGUGCGAUCAAGGCCCAGGAGCGCAUCAAUGCCUGGAUGGCCGUCAUCACGGAGCAGUCCAAGACGGACGAGAAGAGGGCGGACGAUGCCAGUUCGACCCAUUCUUCUUUGUCCCUCAAACGAGGCCCCACGCGGCCUUAUCUGAAUUUGCCAAGAGAGGUGGUGACUGCGGUGGAUGAUGCCUUGCGCAAGGACGACGUGCAUGUCUUGCUGGAGUUGCUCGAGACUUUGAAAGCGGCCGCCGAAGACGCGGGUGAAGGUCUAUUUCCCAAAGUGUUGAAGGCUUUGAUUCAGCGAGCCAUCGUGCACCGCGCUCGCCAGUGUCUGUCUGCUCUCUUGCCCAAAGUUGACACCCUCGAGGAGGACGACGAUAUCAAUCGGCGCAACUGCCUGCAUCGGCUGGUCAUCUCGAUGGGGCGAGUGCAAUCCACAGGCGAUUCGGAGCCCACGGCAUCUUUGGUCCUCGAUUUCCCGCCUGAGACGAGUAGAUACAUUACUCCCGCAGCGCCUCCAACCCUCCAGCCUCCACGCUCUGUGGUCAAAGAAGCCGACUCCUCGCAACAGCUCGGGCGGGAUGAUCCCGCAGUCAUUGUCUUCGAGCAUUUACUUGAUGGAAUGCGCCCAAGCCAGCGGCCGUCCCUACUCGCAAAAGACCUUUCUGGUCGUACUCCUCUUCACUACGCCGCCCAAUAUGGGUUCAAGGACGUCUGCCAGGUGAUUGUCGAGCACUUGAAAUCAUGGGGAAUGUUUGACGUCCGGGAAGGGAUUGACGGUACCUUGUGGCAAGACAAUGAUGGCUGGGCCCCGUUGCACUUGAGCGUGGUUGGUGGCCACCCAAAGACCACCCGCUACCUGCUGGAAGCUGAGAACUGGAAGGAAUCGCACGCUGCGGGGGAUCGUGUGCGAAAACAGUGCCCCAAAUCCUCUGCUGUGCUGGCGCUGGCCACCAAGGCCAACUUUGUGGAUAUCGUCCAGUUGCUGGUGGACGCUGGUGUCAACAUCAAUUACCAAGAUGAGCAGGGAGAGACGGCCCUGCACGUCGCCGCUCGUUUUGGUCAUGACGAAUGUGCGCGGAUUUUGUUAGAGGGGACCGAAGAUCAGAAAGCAAACCCUGAGCUGGCGGAGAACACCUAUGCCUGGACCCCGCUGUUCAUCGCAUGCGUCGACGGUUCUCUGAGCGUGGCCCAGCUGCUCGUGGAAGCUGGUGCAGACGUCGACCGUUUUGACUCUUCUGGAUGGACGGCCAAGGAACAUGCUGCACUGCGUGGUCACCUGGCUAUCGCUCGAUGUCUCGCCGAAGUCAGCCCUGGCCUCCCCGCCAGCGAGCCUGAGCCCAUUCCUGUCCCCACCGACCGACUGUCCCCAGCAUCCUCAUCACCACCAAGUCAGUCGUCCUUGACCGACCGACGAUCCAAUACCCCAGGACCAACGUCGACGAGUAACUUUCGAAAUGCGGAGCCGAUCAAAACCUUUGGUCAUCGUUAUCUCACCGACGAGACCAUGAUCUUAGUCAGUUUAGGCACGAUGGACAUGCGUAAACCGCUGGAGACCGUCAGCCUGGAUCAGAUUCCAAUGGAAAACGCCCACGCCACGCAGCUGGACACGGCACUUUCGAUGGUGGUUACCGCGAGCGGCGCUCACGGAGAGCCCGAAGUCAUUGAUCUCCCUGUUCAGGAGAAUAUCUCCACGGAGCCCAUCGUAUUCCACACGACGGAUCUGAGGAAAGUUCGGCUUCUCUUCGAUUUGGUUCCCACCUAUUCUGGAUCCAAAGACCGUAUAGUCGGUCGUGGCGUCGCCCUCCUCUCCAGCAUCAAACCAGAAGUGGGCUCUCAGCGGAUCAAUCUCAAAGGCGAUUCUACCAUUCCUAUUGUCGCUGCCAACACCCUGGAGGUCAUCGGCUCCGUGACUUUCAAUUUUCUGGUUAUCACACCCUUCAAGCAUCCAAAAAUGUCAAUUACGGGCAAUCAGACCUACUGGCGGUCUAUGAGCUCCACGAUGGUCAUUGGUCACCGAGGUCUCGGCAAGAACAUGGCCAGUCGAAAAUCGCUUCAGCUGGGCGAGAACACCAUCCAGUCGUUCAUUGCUGCUGCGAACCUGGGUGCCUCUUACGUCGAGUUUGACGUUCAACUUACAAAGGACCACGUUCCCGUCAUUUAUCAUGACUUCCUCGUCAGCGAGACAGGUAUUGACGCCCCGGUGCACACCCUAACGCUCGAUCAAUUCUUGGAACUUGGCAAGAGUCGACAGCGGACCGUGCUCCCCCGCAGCGUUGAUGUGCAGGGAGCGACCACACUUGGCUCGCGUCCACGAUCCAUGUCGGUGGGUGGAUCCGAGUACGAUCCAACCGAGUUGACGGAGAAAAUCAAGCACACUCGCGAUUACAAGAAGAAGGGUUUCAAGGGAAACACUCGUGGUGAACACAUCCAAGCCCCAUUCGCCACCCUGGAGGAGCUUUUCAAGAAGAUCCCCAAGCCCGUGGGCUUCAACAUCGAAUUGAAGUACCCCAUGCUCCAUGAGAGCGAAGAGGAGGAGAUGGACACAUACGCUGUCGAAUUGAAUUCCUUUGUGGAUACCAUCCUCACCAAGGUCUAUGAUCUUGGUGGCGGCCGUGAUAUUCUAUUCUCGAGCUUCAACCCGGACAUUUGUCUCCUCUUGUCUUUCAAGCAGCCCUCGAUUCCAGUCCUCUUCCUGACUGAUGCGGGUGCCUCUCCUGUCGGGGACAUUCGGGCGAGCAGUCUUCAGGAAGCCGUUCGCUUCGCUUCCCGAUGGAAUUUGCUGGGUAUCGUUUCUCAGGCCGAGCCCCUGGUUCUGUGUCCACGUCUCGUCCGCAUCGUCAAGGAAUCCGGUCUGGUCUGUGUGUCCUACGGCACGCUCAACAACGAUGGGGCCAAUGUGGACUACCAAGUUGCGGAAGGCAUCGAUGCCGUUAUUGUCGACUCUGUCCUUGGCAUCACCAACGGUCUCAUUCAGCGCCAAAACAAGGGGGAGCGGACCCCGGGACCUUCUCCCAUCCCGGCACCCGUUGCUGACAAGUCUGCCAUUCGGGUUCCCAUUCUUGAACAAGUCAAGCCCAACGAAAACAUUCCUGAUCCUGACCCGGCAGCCAACGUUUAG